AUGACUUUGGAAACUUUCACAGUGUCCCGAGCCCUGGAUGUCUUGCAGAUGAAGGAGGAAGAUGUCCUCAAAUUUCUCACUGCAGGAACCCAUUUGGGUGGCACUAAUUUGGAUUUCCAGAUGAAACAGUACAUCUACAAAAGGAAGAGUGAUGGCAUCUACAUCAUUCAUUUGAAGAGAACUGGGGAAAAGCUUCUGCUCGCUGCUCGAGCCAUUGUUGCCAAUGAAAACCCUGCUGAUGUCAGUGUCAUCUCAUCCAGGAACACUGGCCAGCGAGCUGUUCUGAAAUUUGCUGCUGCCACUGGCGCUACACCUAUUGCUGGAUGUUUCACCCCAGGCACUGUCACUAACCAGAAUCAGGCAGCUUUCCGGGAACCUCACCUCUUCGUGGUCACUGAUCCUCAGGCGGAUCACCAGCCUCUGACUGAAGCAUCAUAUGUUAACUUCCCAACUACUGCAUUGUGCAACACAGAUUCUCCACUUCGCUAUGUGGACAUUGCCAUUCCAGGCAACAACAAGGGAGCUCACUCCGUGGGUCUGAUGUGGUGGAUGCUGGCCGGUGAAGUCCUGCUCUACAGGGAUCCAGAGGAGAUUGAGAAAAAAGAGCAGGUUGCAGCUGAGAAGGCAGUGACAAAGGAGGAAUUUGGGAGGGGUCAGAAGCAGCACCUGGAACACUGGUGA